UUGUGUCCAAACGAAAGUGGCUGAAAAUUUGUGUCGCUGCUGGUAACGCAUUAAUAUAAUCCAUUGCCCCGAAGCCUAAUCCGCGCAAACCGGUGUACUUCGGAGGCAAUGGAUAAACUAAAUCCAUUCGGGCCACUUCAACGUGCGGUGGAGGCACUGAAGACGACGGAAUGUAGUGCGAAGGAAAAGGUCGCCCACUUUGGGCAGAUUAGUGAAACCAUUAUCAGCAUCCGCCCUGGCACGUCUACUGCCAAUUCCGCCAGUUAUUAUGGCCACCUUAGCAGUGCGAUUGCGGUGUUUAUUUUGUUCUGCGAGGAAUCGGAGUCGGGCGUUCGGAUGGCAGCGGAGGAAAAUUUGGCUCGGGUCGUCCGUCACUGUGAAUCGACCGGAAACAUCAUCCGGGUGCAGCGAGAUCUGUACCAUGAGAUCAAGAAAAAUGGCAAUGAACGGUCCCUUCGCAUUGCACUGAACAUUUUCGCCCACUACUGUGACACCAUACGACAGCGGAAGGCGCGGACAUACGCACAGAAUUUGCUGCCCUGCAUUUAUUCCAUUUCGAAGCGACGAGAACCGGCCCUACUGGAAUGUUUGUGCACAUUUACGGAGGUUUUCUGUCGACAGUUGGAGAGCUACCUGACCGACGGGGAGGUGCUGAAGAUGACCGAACUGUUUCUCGAAGACCUUGGCUCCGAUUGUGCCACCAAGCGACGUUGUGCAGCCCGAAAUACGCUAACCUUUGUGCUGGGCUCCCGUAAUCCGGAAUUCUACGCCAAUAACGCUUUUAACCGGUGCAUCGAGCAACUGCUCAAGUGUGGCCAGCUGCAACAGCAACCGAACACCGUCCUGGGAGUGAUGGGAUGUUUCCGCGCCAUUUUACCGAUCGUGCUGCGUAACUGCAGCAUCGAAAAGGCCAUCGAAACGUUCGAUCUUUGCUUACACUUUCUGCGCGAAGGAACGCACACGAUUAUCAACGCAACGCUAGAGGUACUGCUCGUCAUUUUGGCCAACGUUCAACCGGCCGUGCGGAAGGUGCUGCUAUCGGAACAGUGUGAACACCGCCGAAUGCUUUUGAAACGGAAGACACUUAAGAAUUCCAUUUUCAAGCUUAAUCCCAGCGAAAGUUUACUCUCCUCCCGAAAGUCCAGCACCGACGCACGGUCGGAUCAUUUGCUGCGGCCGGGAACGCUAGCACUUACCUCGACGCCAAUAAAGUUUCCGCCUCCAAUAGACGACCGCUCUCUCGCGUCGGCUUCCGAUAUCGAGCUAGAUUCGUUGAAAAGUAUGGAUCUGGACACGGAAAGUCGCACCGCACCGGCGCUUCAGCUAGAAUGCUCCGGAUCGUUGGAUGCGAGUGCCGGCUCCUCCGUUGCCGCACCUGCCCCGGACACACUGUCCCUGAAAAGCCAAAAGUCAACCGAUUCCAUCGGAUCGUUUCUGAACACACUGCUUACCAACUCGAAUGCGGCCGAAUCGGUGACAAAGUUUUUCCGCAAAUCUCUCGACAAACCCUUGCCGGACGAUGGGGAAGAGGAUCGGCUAUCGAUGGACUCGAUGGCCAGCAGCCACAUGUCGUCGAAUGCGGAAACGGUUCGAGCGGAGUUGGACGUGACGUUGGAAAUCGAUCUUGACGACACUGAUCCGGCAACGGUUGUGCAAGCGAUCCAACCGGUUCCAACCCCAACUCCCUCCCGGGACACCCUGGAUGUACCGAUUAGCAGUUCGAUGAUUGCUGACGAGCCCCCAGAAAACACGAAGGAGCUUUUCAUCGGCGCAAUCUACGAUCAAAAUCUGCUAGAAUUUACCACGCGCCUAGUAUGCUCUCGGUUUCUUCUUUCCGGCAGCCGGUACGUUCUGAUUCCGGACUCGAUCGUACGCGUGUCGGUCAAGAGUCUGGCGAUGCAGAUUGUAGCGGCGUGUGUUAGACUAAAGCCCGAGCUUCUUUGCCUUCCGCUGGAGAAGGAUGCCUUCCGGGAGGAGUACGCGGUGGUGGAAAUUUUGAACCUCGAGGACGCUAUAAACGAACUCUCACAGGAAGCUAGUGGUGGUGAGGAUCAACCGGAUGCCACCGGUGCCACAGCGACACCAUUGCAGGAAGAACAGGAAUCUGGUUUGCUGGAAAUGAAGGAAGAUCACUUUGGGGAAUGUACCAGCACGACGUACUUCGAGUACUUUUCUCCGAUGUCACUUAGUCUCGAUCAGGGAUUAAAAUCCAAACUGAAAUCGAUCGAAGAAAACUUUUCGAUCGAUAACAAUGAAAAGCUUAGCCGGGAUCUCGACGCGAUCCUUUCACAAUCGGAACCCGGACCAGCGUCAGUGUCGGCUCUAACAGGACCGUCUGCUGGUGCUGUACGUCGACGGGAACUGCUGGUUGUACCGAAGGUAAUAACAGCAGCGAGGAAUGACGCCCGCCAAGGCCGUUCGGGUGAGGCGGAAAGUGAUAAGGUGCUAACGGCAAUGUCGGUGUCUGAUCGCAAGGAGUUUGAGGAUGAACAGCAACAGUUGCUGGCCGAUGUGUUGCUGUUUUACGAUAGCCCAGACCCGACCCUACGAGGCAAUGUGCAAUUGAUAGUUGGUAAUUUCAUGAGGGCUGCAAUCGAAUCCGCUGGAAGCUAUCAUGAAUUUAUUCGUUCAAAGAUACCUCCAACAAUGCAAGCUUUUCUAAGCGGAGACAAAAUGCUACAAGCAGUCAUAAUGGGACUCUCGGAUGAAAUUCAUACCGUAAUAAACCAAGCUCUCUCGUCGGUGGAACUAUUUUUCAACAAAUACUUACAAAGCCAAUCCACUUGUAUCCCGAACGAGCGUACCAAAAACCGUCUUGGUCAAUCGCUCGCCUCGGGUAUUCCUUUCCGGUCCACUGACACGAACGUCUUUUUGAACGACCAUUCAACAACUUCAUCUGCGCCAUCGGGAACGUCCCAUCUAUUCGACGUCAUCCUGGAUCGAUUGAUGCUUCUGACAAACAACAAAUACUGGCUCGUCCAGUGCAAACUGUUCGAUGUGAUGGUCCAGCUUGACUACGACUGUAUCCGAGCGCUCGGUCUUCAGGGAGACCUUUUCCAUGGCGACUGCCUUGAUCAACUAUUAGCCGGGCUAGGUGAUGGAGAUGUUCGUGUACGUAACCAUGCGGGGGAAAGAUUACUCCAGUUGAUAGAACGUAGUGCGAAUGAUAAAACCGUGCGAAGUCCAUCGGAACCAAACCAGACCGUCGUUGGGGAUUUCGUCAAUCAGUACGUUCUCAGUUCGUUUGCGGUCCCUUUCGACCGAACGAGUUACCAGUUGCCGCAUCAUUCCGUCGAGCGAGGGCGCACACCGGCCACGGUCGGUCGCGUGCUGUAUAGGAUAAGCAAUUUACUGUUGAAAAUCAGCGAUAAAAAUCUUCAGUCCGGUAUUAUCAACUUCUUACGGCUGUUUCUCUCCAAGCACAAUCCGUUCGAUUACGUGGAGUUAUGGAAUGAGUACAAUCUGGUUAAUGUGCUACUCAGCCUGUUGAUGGAGAUGAAUGGACACGUGUUGGAUAUGACUGUCCACACUGAUUUACUGCGAAUAUGUUCGCAGCUGCUUGUUGUGGUUGUUUCCAGUCGUCCGGCAAGUACGAGCGCAGAUUAUGAAGUGAUAAAUAAGUUUAUUAUUCAUCUGCUGAAGUUGCUGAACAUUUAUCACCAUUUGUUCGCUAACAUCACGCCAAUCGUCAUCAACCGCGUGCAAAAGACCGACAUCUUUAUGAACACCAAAGAGCUACAACAGAUCAACUGCUUCGGGUACUUUGGCAGCGAUCACGCGUGCAUGAAACUGUUCCAUCAGGUUCGCAGCUCGCUCGAAAGCUACCGUAUGACGAUCAAUGCUGAGGCGGGCCAAAAACUGUUCGACUAUCUUCGGGCGGCUCUCGAGGCCCUCUGGACACUGUUGGAGAUGAAAACCCUCUCAACCAUGACAAACGGUAUGAAGUUUCUGGAGGAAGUGCUACGCUAUCUGCAGUCGUUUCUCACGCUGCAACCGGACCACUGCAUCCGAUGUACGCGCUUUCUACUGCGCUUCAUUUUCCACGCAAACUACGUCAAUCGCACCGCGGAAGUGGCGUACUUCCGCAAGGCGGCUUGCUUUCCCGAUGAUGCUCCAGCCGAAAUGCCAUCUGAAGAAUUUUUCGUGCGAUAUUACGAUUUCUGCAAAGCGAAAUCGAAACCCGUCCUGGCGGAGGUCGGUGCGUACGUGAAACUGUUCGAGCCGCUGGUGAUAACGUGCUUGAAGAUUUUCUCCAAAGUUGGCUCGCCGGUUCAGGCCAGCAUAUUGGAGAUGUUGUGCCAGCUGUUGGAUUUUAACAUCAACUAUCAGCUGCUCGAUGCGAGCAGCGCGUUCGUCGAGUCGAUCUUCAAACACAUUGAACACAUCGAGCGGGGAACGGUGGAUGAUUCGGAGGCUUUAAUGCGGCAGGUGGUACGGUUCCUGUUCCAGCUGACCGGGUUGGUACGCGAGAAGCCGCUGGUGACGAUUCCCAAGAUUAUCAACAUUUGUGACAACCUGCUGGCGAACAACACGGUUCGCCGAACGGCACUCGCCUCCGUGCAGGCCCUUUCACACGAAGUGUUCCUGUUGCGUCCGCUCGGGAAAAGUUUGACCCAGAAGGUGUUCGAAGAAGCCGAGUGUAGCACGCAGAAGGAGGUAGUGCUCAACAUGCUGAUUAAAUUCCCCGACGAGCUCGCGGUGUACCGGAUCGUGCCGAUGAUAAUGUCCGGUGAGCGGCUGCACGAAAGAGACGCCACUCAGGUGGCCAACUGUGAGUUGGACAUUUUGACCGCUUUGUUGCAGGUGCUGCGGGAAGGAAAACUCGUGAUGAAAAUCGAUCAAGAUUAUAACACCGUCCUGCGGUUGAUGGAGUGUUUCAGUAGGAAUGUUUUGCUGGAAAGUAAAACCGUUCUGAGGUUCGUGGAAAUCCUGUACACAACCAUCGCCAACGAGUCCUGCACGGCCCUUCAGCGGGUGAUCUACGGAGAGCUGAUCGUGAGGCAGGUUUUGACCCGAACAGAGGAACGAUUUCUCUUGCAUCAUGUUGGACUGUACCUCCGGAAAGCACGGGCAGGGAUUGAAGAUGAAACCACGGAAUCUCCCGAGGCUUGUACUGGUGAGGAUCGACCUGACGAUGUUGUCCAACAGGCGGUUCCAAGUUUGGUGCGGGUGCUGGUGCAAUAUUUGCGUGAAUGUUUCACCACCCUCGAGGAGCUUCAGUUAACGCACAACGCGUCGGAAGAAAUGAUACAAUUUUCCAGAGAUUCGGUCACGCGAUACCUGGAUACGCUCACCAGUAUGAUCGCUUUCCACGAGAUCAGUCGUGUUCUGGCGGAACAAAUACCACUGGAAAUAAUUCACUGGAGCACCCUGCCGGAACCGGUCGUUCGAUCGUUGGUGGGUUUACUGAUAAAACACAACUUCGACACGGAGCUUGUACUAUCGUUCGUCCGCAACGAUUCUUAUAACGUCCGGAACGACCGUUCGGUUCGCGUGCUGGUCGAGAUGCUGCUUGAACAUAAACCAAACGAAAGCAAAUGGGAUCGAUCCGAGAUCCAAGCUCUUAUUUCGUCCGAAACACACCUGCUGGUCACCUAUUUCCAUCCGCUUCUGCUGUGUCACAUCACGGAUGAGGAGUUUUCAAAAGUAAUCGUCAAAACCAUCCUCUCGGGCAUCGAAGGAAAACUGUCGAGCGUACAUUUUACACUGCUAGAAAAAUCCCCUCUAACGACGCUCUCCAUUAUGUGCAAUCGAUUGACGGAUAUGCUUGGCACGACGAACAUCGUGUCUUCGCGGAAUGCCGCUCUCAUCCUCAGUCACAAGCUUGAUGCGUUGGUUCAACUCGGUGCUGAAGGGUUACGUGAUAGCGGUGUGCUGGCCGUUCUACCGGAGAAUGAUUUCGUGCAUCUUUACUCGAGUUUCACGAUCGAUCGAAGGCGAAAGUUUCCCAAACUUUUCAAAACCCUUUCCCAACUCAAGGCGUAUUACGAUGCGAGCAGUGAGCAGUUGAAGAUGAUGUCACUCACGACAGCUCCAAACAUUAACCUGCAGGCGCUAAGAGAUCUCCCGGUUGAUGAAGGAUGGUACCUGCGGCAGAUGGCGCACCAUUGCACCGGGGACUCGUACACCAAGCCACGAAACAUUGCACGUAUGCUACACGAACUCAAAUCGGAGACCAAGCUCAUCAAUCUGCUCUCCAGUGCGUCACUGAACGUGCGCCUGUUGCGGGAUAUAAUUUCGGUUGCGUUCGAAAACAUGUUUCACGCAUUCCGUGUCGACUGUGUGCAGUUUAAUCCGCAUCUGAACUACCUGAAGGUACACCCAAUGCUAAAGGUUGCGCUUAUCGUGUUGAUGCGGAAGUUGGCCGAUUUCGGCGUACAGUCAAAAAAGGAAGACACGACGGCGAAGGCGAGCUGUGCCGAAUCCGCCAUCUGUUUCCUCGAGUACCUGACCCGGCUGGAGCAUCUCUGUCUGUUCUACAUCGAGGGCCGGCUCAUCGAUCGCUUCGUCAAGGAGCAUCUGCUGAAGUCGAACUUUUUCGAAACACUGCUCUCCUUCGGUAGUGUUUGCGCCAGAGCUGUCCAGCAGGAACCACCGGAAAAUGUAACCCGCAUCGAGCUGUACCUCCGGUGCAUUGGGGCCAUCCUAAACCAGCGCUAUCUGUGGAAUGAGCUCAACCAAAACGAUCGCUACCGGGACAGUGUUGUGCUGUAUGUCGACGUUGUGUACACCCUGCAAGAACGAUCACUUGUCGACGAGCAGCACUUUGUACGGCGGCGCCUGCCGGAAGUGUUCCAACCGUUCGUUGAACAGAGUCAAGAGAGCGCAAUGGAUAUCUAUCUGAAGGUGAUUGCCAUAGCGGAACUUAUCACCGACCGGAGCGUGAUGCGAAAGAAACUUUCCACAAGCGGACAACUGUUUCGACUGAUCGAAACGGUAACGAUCUCGCUGCUUAAGCUCGAUCGAUUCUAUGCGUACGCCUUGACCCCGGUUGAGCUGUACGAUUGCUACCAAACGCUCGAUGCGCAGGAGAAUGGCCACCCGAAGCUACCGACCAUACCGAUCGAGCAUUUGUACGACGUGGAACUUUUAGAGAUGUUUUUAAAGAGGACUAACAUCUUCGGUUUCUCGUCGAGGCAACAGUUUGAGGAGCUCUUCAUGGCCAUGAUGGUGCUGCUAAAUCGCACGGAAGAUCCACUGUUUGUGAGCCUGUUGGAGCAGCGGGAAAUCAAGCAUAUGUGCCUGCAGGCGGUGAUGGGUUUGCUGCUGUCGUGCUACCGCUAUCCCUGGAUUGGUUUUAGCGAAGGCAAAUUCCAUCACUCUACGCGCAACCCCAAAAUUAGAUGUGAUACAAUUGGAUUGAAAAAGCUGCACAACAUUCAACUAUUCAUUCCACUGAGCAACGUAUUUUACCAACCGAAUCUGGAGCGCCGUUUGGUGAUCACGGUUUCGGACGACCUGCACUCGACGGAUGAUAGUAGCGUCGGAACGGUUCGGUUCGAUCGGAACCAGCUGUCGUUGGAUUACUUCUGGGAGAUCAUCGAAACCACGAUCAACCAUGGCCAAGGAGCAGGAGCGAGUAGCCCAGGAGAAACGUUGGUUGUUCGUAACAGAAGGUAUUUUGUGGAGAAGAUGAACAUCGACGUCACAAGCUCGAUGCAACUGAUCUACGACGUGUUGAAGCAACUGAUCGAGGAUGAGCCGGCGCUGGUGUUACCACAUUUGGUUUAUUUCUGCGAGAUCGUCGAUAACCGUGAGCAGAUCUAUUGGUUGAAUCAGCUCCUUUUGAAGCUGCAAGAGCGAGUUCCGAUGGAGGAUACGCUCUCGCAACAGCACAUCAUAUAUCUGCUGUGUCGCUUGGCCGCCCUUCUCGUGCCAACCAUUGCUGAGCUAACGCACCUUUGCACGAUCAUCCCGACGUAUCUGAAGAGCACCCAGCUGUACAUCCGAAAUGCAACCCUGCAAGGGUUAAUCUGCCUGCUGGAAUGUUUGGUAAAGACCAAUUCAUCGAUCGGUGCACUAAACGACGAGCUGCAGCUGCUGCGAAACGUGAUCGUGAACUAUGUCGUGAAGCACGGUAUCAUCGAGGAAAGCUCGGGAGCCUUCAGCGAUCUGCACACGAAGCUGGUGUGGACGCUAAACUUCUACCUGAUCGAACACACGUCCCGGUUUGUGUCGGAUUGCAAUCUCCUGUCGAACAGCAUCAUCUCGGCGAAUAACAUUCUCAAACGGACGACCAAUUUGGAGAUCUAUUUGUGUAUUUUGAAUGGUCUAGAGCGAUUGGUUAUCAGUAAACGGGUGGCACGCUCGCUACAUGAGAAGAUCGAAAAGCUCGCCAUUGAUCUGGUGAAGAUCGACAAUGAAAUGUUUUCCCUUUCGGCCCUCAAGCUCCUGGUUACGUGCGUCUACACCAGUUGCAACGAACAGCUGGAAAGCACGGAACGGUGCAAUGGGAUCGUGCAGGACGAGCCGGACAUUAUCGUGCAGCAGAUCGACAAGAUCGAGAUUCUGUUCGCCAAGAUUCGCACCACCACACCCCAGGGUGCCCGAGUGUUUGGCGAUGUGCUGUGCCAGCUGAUACGUGAUCUGCUGCCGGCGAACGAAAUCCUCACGAAGGUCUUUAAGGAGCUGAUGCUGAACCAACCGAACCCGGACAUAAUCGCUGGCGUCACCUUCCAGCUGUUCCGCUCGGCCAUCGAUGCUUCGUAUCUGACGCUUCUGCAAGAGUGGCUGCUCUGCUCGUUGCCGAACUUUCUCGCGUUUCCGCAGGUGAACAAGUCGGUUUGGUGCUUGACCGUCAUCUUUCUGUCGGCUUCGCUUAACCAGCAUCUGAUCAAGCUGCUACCGGAGGUGCUCUCGUUGCCUUCGUACCAGCAGUUGAACGAGCGUGAAAUUAACAACUUCAUCGUAUCCGCCAGGGACUUCUACCAUCGGCUAGACGCGGGCGGUGGCCAGCGGGCAAAAUUUAAAGAAAUAUUCCAACAGCAUGAUUCCUUCGUAUUCCAAAGUCUCGUACAGUGCUUGUAAGCUGGGUAACUUAAGCGGGCUCUAGAUUAGGAUGGUUCGUUUCCUAAUCCUCCGCUUUUAUAGUGCAAAUUAUUCUUAUUAUUAAAUACACUCUACACUUCAUGUUAUCACAACUUUAUCGUUACUUUUAGGCUGUUAAUUUAUCCUGUUAUUUUUGAGCUU